AUUUUUGUUAUGAUUCUGUAACUUGUGAUGAAUGAUGAUGUUUCUUACUUAAAUGUAUAAAGUUUUAGUGUUAUUAUAGCUAUCAUUUUUAUAAAACUUUUAAAGUAAUUAUGGAGAAUUCAUAUGUUGAAUACCGUGAUACAACUGGUGUCGAAAGUGAUUCGGAUACUGAAAUUAUUGACAAUAGUUAUACAGACGAAUCUUUCGCUAAAUUAAAAACCCCUGGAAAAAAGAACCAUACAGCAUUUGUGCCUGAAUCGGAUGACACAGUAUCAGAAGACGAUGAUGUUUCAAAAAUCAAUCUAUCUAAGUCAGUGCAAAGCAGAAGCAGUGUUAAUCGUCAUGUUGUUCUAAGUAGUGACGAUGAAAAAAGUAAAAGGGGCAGUAUACAAAAACAGUCUGAUGCUUCAAAUAACAUUGUUCUAAGUUCUUCAGAAGAUGAGGCUGAAGAUUCACCUGAAAUAAAACCGAGACGGCGUCCCAAAACCUCUCCUCGGCUGUCAGAGUCCUUUAUUGGACGCAAAACAAAAAAACGUAUAUUCCUCAUAGACUCGGACACUGAAAACUCUAUAAUAGUUGAACAUGACAAAAACCGGAAACUGAAAUGUGUUAAGGACACUCCGGCUAAGAUCGAUAAGAAUGAUUUACGAAAAAGUAUACUGGAUAUAAAGAAUAUGAGUAUACAAAGUAAUGAUAGUGCACGGACUGAUGAUGGCGACGGAACUGAUGAUGAACAGAUAAGUGGUGAUGAAAAGACUGAGGGAAGAGAUGGAACUGAUCAGGACGAAGGAAGCCACAGUGAUAGUGUUCACAGCAAUGAUGUUCCGAACAUUGAAGGUAGUAGACAAAGAGUUAGUGACAGCGGACACUCUGAUGACAACACUGAUCUUCAGGACACUGAAACGAGACGUGAUAUAUCAUCAAGAGGUGAUGAUUUAGAUGAAAGUGAUGGAAAUGACAAAAACGAAGGUUACUCCAGUGACGACGGUCCUGAUGAAGAUCAGCUGGUGAUGUCCAGAGCUACGAGGAUGAGUAUAAUGGGUAUACUGCCGAAGGAGAACGAUAGUGAUGACUCAGAUUACCUGCAGUCUGAUGAUACCAACCAGACAUCACGAGGUAGUUCUUUGGACCUCCCGACUGACCCACCAGCCGGCAAUGAAACACCCAAGAAAGAUGGAGACAUAUCAAGAUUGACGUGCUCACCUUUUCAGAGUCCACUCCAUGAUAUCACGAAUGAAGUCAACUCACCAAAUAAUUCAAAGAACACUCCGGAUAUCUGUGAUCUGACCAGAUCUGAGCCUUGUGAUCUACGGAACAGGGUUUUAGAUAAGUUGAAGAGUACCCAGACCAAAUAUGUGGAGAAGGUUAUUGAUGAUGACGUCACCAUCAUAGAUGCGAAACCAGAGGUCAUAGCCCUCAGCAGCGAUGAAGAUGAGGUGAGAGAUGAGAAGAAAUCCCCCAAUACAAAGGGUAACCUGAAAGCGGAGCCGACAUCGGUUAGGAAGGACAACACCAUCAAGCAGUACCUCCUGCCGCCCAGUUACCCCAACCAGGUGGUGUACGUCAAGAAGAAUGUUCGUGAAAACGAACUCUCCAAGCUCAACGGACUCAAAGAAGACUUGCAGAAUAUCAGAUAUCUCCUGGAGAAUAUGGAUAUGAACUCGCUACCUGACGGAGGGCUCAAGCUUAUAGAACGACUCACGACCCUGGAGGCGGAAGUCAGGAAACAGGGGGACAAAGUGGCCAACAUGGUGAUAGAGCCAGAUGAACCUACUCGCGCGGAUGUAGCGAGGGAUGGCUUCGACAAAGAGAACAAGGGUCUGUCCUGGGACGACAUACAGAAGGCGAGUAAUGCGGUCCAGCCCAGGAUGUUCGGCAAACAGGCGAUGGCCACCCACAUGGCGGAACGUAACCUGAUCCUGGAGCGUCUCCGCGACCUGUACGAGUCCUUGGCUUCCCGUCCGUCGGAACAGCACCACCACCACCAGCCGGCGCCGCUCGUCACCUCUCUCAUGGACCACCAGCUACACGCCCUCGCCUGGCUGCACUGGAGGGAGACGCAGAAACCACGGGGAGGGAUACUGGCCGACGACAUGGGCCUGGGCAAGACGAUCACCAUGAUAGCUCUGGUAGUGAGCGACAAGGAGAAGAACAUCGACCACCAGCCAGACGAUGACGAUCAUGGAGGGAGGUCCAGAUUGGCUCGCGGCGGCACGCUGGUGGUGUGUCCGGCGUCGCUGAUGCAGCAGUGGGCGGGCGAGGUGGCGAAGCACUGCCGGCCGCACGCCGUGUCCGUGUGUCACCACCACGGAGCCGCCCGCGCCACGCAGCCCCACCGCCUCGCCAGCUACGACCUCGUUAUCACCACCUACAACAUCCUGCAGAGGGAGAGCGAGAAGGGCGGGGUGUUGACCCGCGUCCGCUGGCGCCGCGUCAUCCUGGACGAGGCGCACGUGGUCCGUAACCACAAGUCGUCGACGUCGCUGGGCGUGUGCAGCCUGUCCUCCUGGGCUCGCUGGGCGUUGACCGGGACCCCGCUACAUAACAAGGACCUGGACCUGUUCGCCUUGCUGAAGUUCCUCAAAUGUACACCCUUCGACGACCUCGCGAUGUGGAAAAAGUGGAUCGAUAACAAAUCUCUCGGCGGCCAAGAACGACUGAGCACCAUCAUGAGGUGCAUCAUGCUGAGGAGGACCAAGCAGCUGCUGCAGGAGAGAGGCCAACUCACCUGUCUGCCGGAGCGGAGCGCGCACCACGUGGACGUCACGCUGCACAAGGACGAGAUGAACGUGUACCAGAAGGUGUUAGUGUUCUCCAAGACCCUGUUCGCUCAGUUCCUCCAGCAGCGCGCCGAGCGUAUCGGGGACUCCGCCCCCGGGAAGGACUCCGAGUACCAUAAGAUGCAUAAGAAAAUGAUCGCUUUACAAGGAGCGAAACCAGUGAAAUCUCACGAGAUCUUAGUGCUCUUGCUGCGUCUCCGUCAAGUGUGUUGUCACUGUGGCCUGAUAGCGGCCAUGUUGGAUCCAGACGACACGGCGGACGUGGUCGAGGACCAGGGAGGAGCCGACCUCAUGGAAGAACUCAACAAACUGUCGCUAGAGGACUCGCGCUCUAAGAGAAAGAGUAAAGAUAAGAACGAGGAUGUGGAAGAGGAUCCAGGUGAAGCCACUACAGCAGCGGAAGCCAUCAGGUCCGUUCUGUCUCCCAACAACCCCGUAUUCAACCUGGAGAGGCAGUCCUCCAAGAUAAAGGCUGUCAUGGAAUGUCUGAAUAAGAACGUCUUCCCCAAUAAAGGCGAGAAGGCGGUGGUGGUGUCUCAGUGGACGUCCGUGCUGCGCCUGGUGGAGCGCGCCCUGACCGCGCUGGGCGUGAGCAGCGUCACGCUGAGCGGCGCCGUGCCCGUCACCGCGCGGGCGGCGCUCGUUAACGCCGUUAAUGAUGCCAAAUCAGAUGUCAAGGUGAUGUUGUUGUCGCUGUGUGCGGGCGGUGUGGGUCUCAACCUGUGUGGGGCAAACCACCUUCUCCUGCUGGACCCUCACUGGAACCCGCAGCUGGAGGAACAGGCCCAGGACAGGAUAUACCGAGUGGGACAGACUAAACACGUGCAUAUAUACAGGUUCAUGUGCGUGGGUACAGUGGAGCAAACGAUCAGACAGCUACAGGACGUCAAGCUAAAGAUGGCGGACAGCGUGCUCACCGGCGCCAGGAACACGAACGCCUCCAAACUCACCAUAGAGGAUCUCAAGAUGCUGUUCAACAUGGGACCGCAGAGCGACUCAUAGAUGCAUAUAAAAAUAUAUUACUUGCGUCUUAAAAAAUAAAAAAGGCUCUCGUUUUGUUAAUAUAAGUAUCUCAUAAAUGAAAUACAAUCAGUUUAAUUUACUGAAUUACUACUAGACUCGUACCCCUACCACGAGCCUGCAUCGUCUAAAUAUACUGUUUAGUUUUUCAUUCAUAAAUCUUCUCGAACGAUCGUAUCAAAGCCUAUACAUUCAUUAAUAACUACAAACUGUCAGUUUUUAAUUCGAUACAGACUCGUGGUAGGGUCACUGAAGAUGCUAAAACGAGUUCAUUUCCUGGUACGAAAGAAAUUGAGCCAAACUUUAAAAAUGGCGGAGUCAACAACCUCCUGUUUAAUAACACGUUGACAACAAAAUAAUAUUUCUCUGUUAUGUUAUGUUGGUAAUGUCUUUAAUGUGAUUGUCAGAUAGAUUAUGAUUAUGUUUCCAAUAAAUGAUUAUUUGUUUAA